CCAAUAAGGUUUACGGCGCGUAGCGGGGAAAGGAGAAUAACUAGAGAAUUCGAACACGGGCGUAUAAAUGCCUAACCUGAUAAGAAAAAGACAUUACUUCGUUUGCCAUCAAGUAAGACUUUCAUUGCAAAUUGAGCGGUAAGCAAGAAGGAAUUGGUGAAAAGAAAUCGAAGAUCUUAUCUGAAAUUUUGAAGUAGGAGGUGACAAAAAUUAUAGAAAAUGUUCAGUACACCAAGUGAUAUAAGUGCGAGAUAUCCUUCAUAUCAAGCAGCUGGAUACGCAGCGACAAGUAUCUCUGGAUCUUACGCUAGUGGAGCAGCGAGUGCCGCAAUGCAGCUUCCUGUUUAUACAAAUCAUACAGCAGCAGCCGCACUGUCUUCUCCAAUCAACCAAGGUUUUGCCUCAGGUGCAGGACUCAACUAUGUUGGUCAUCCGGGAAUCCCACAUUCUGGGACAGUGAUGCCUCAAAUUUCAACAGCAAUGGCUUCGGGGAUAUCCCCCCAUCAGUACCCGUCAAUGGCGCAAAUGGCUCCAAACAUAGCCAUCAGUCCGAAUAUGGUGCCUGGUUCAAUGCAUGUCAACAGACAGGAUAAGAACUACAGGCGAAAUUACACGCACGCGAAGCCACCUUACAGCUACAUCUCACUUAUCACCAUGGCUAUCCAAUCAUGCGAAAGCAAAAUGAUGACGUUAAGCGAAAUAUACAGUUGGAUUAUGGAACUGUUUCCUUUCUACAGACAAAAUCAACAGAGGUGGCAAAAUUCUAUAAGGCACAGUCUGUCAUUCAAUGAUUGUUUUGUAAAAGUUCCUCGUUCUCCCGAUAAACCGGGUAAAGGUUCCUACUGGUCGCUACACCCAGAAGCAGGAAAUAUGUUUGAGAAUGGAUGUUAUUUGCGACGCCAAAAGAGAUUUAAAUGCGAAAAGAAAGCUUUAAUAAAAGCAACACAACGUAAAGGUGAAGGUUCAAUCGAUGAUGACGAUGUACAAGUACCAAUGAUGGAUGGAUCGAAAGAGGAAAUUUUAUCUGAAGUUCAUUCACAAGGUCAGUUAGAAAUGGUAAACGGAGUUGAAAACAUUGACACGAAGCCAUCGUUUGAAACGCUGCAUCCUCCCAGUUCGGGAUCAGCAAUAACAUCCGUGGCAUCUGAAAAUCAUAAAGAAGCAGACGGGAGUGUGCCACCUCGAAAUUUGACGCCACGUCACGGACAUAUUCAAAUCCCAGGAGCUUCUGAAAUCAACUUACCCCUACCACCAAUAAUGCCUACGUAUCAAACGUAUCCGGCACCACUUGGAGCACAUCACCAUUUUCUUCCACAACAUGGUUUUAUGACAGCAGAACAAGGAUUUGGAGGUCAAUAUGCUCAAAUGUCAGCAGCAACUGCUGUAAAACCGGAUCCUCAGUCAUUCGCUCAUCCAUUUUCUAUAAACAGUUUAGUAGGGGACCAGCAAGGACGAGAUUUCAGAGCGUAUCACGAAGCUAUGUACUAUCCUGUUCAGGCGGCUUUACCUCAUGUGUCAGUACCGAAUUCCGGAUAUCAAACUCCGAAUGCAACUUCUCAACAACAUUCUCCAUCAUCGUCUACAGCUCAGCACAAUCAAACGGCGAUGACAACUCAACUUGAAACAGUCAAUCUGGCAACUAUGAACGAAAGGCAAAACUUAGCGGGCAUUGCAGCAGCGGGUGAAACAUACUAUCCUGUUCCCGUCACAUCGAUGCCCUCGCAUAUUCCAGAAACAACUGGCAACGUGCCUUGAUCAAGUAAUGUGAAACUAUCAAAACACGUAUACCGUAAAUACGUUCUUUAAAUUAAGGCGUAUUUUGAUGCAAACAUUUGUUCCAGUGGCGAGUGCUUUACUACUAAAAACUAUGUAUUGUCAUCCACAGUAUCUAACUAAAUUUACGAAUAUACAUUCUAUGCUAUGUUGAUCUUUCAGUCAGGUACAGCUGUGAAUUUGUCAGAUUUAAUAUGCUACUUGUUUGAGAUUGAUAGUCAAACGUUACCUUCUAAUAAUUAAUAAUUCAGUACGUUCUGUGUUGACUAUCAGUAAAAGAUAAUAUUAAUCCGCAAACAUAAGUUCUGUUUUAUGCUAUUAUUUUGAUGCAGUUUAUCCUCCGAUAUGUAACUCCAUUGGUUAAUUUCGCAUCAAUUCUAGAUAAAAUCAACAACGCGAAGGAUUCCCUCAAGCCUAGAUAAAUGGUACAAUUUCAAACGUUUUACUUAGCUCAUUAAUCGCUGAUGCAUUUAAUGUUUUUUUUCUAACCGUACUAUAAUUUUCUAUGCCAAGUUUCAAUUCUCUAAUCAAUUAUUUUUCUAUUUUUCUUGUUAAUCUAUUAAAGCACUGUACGAAACGUCAAUUUAUUAUUGUUCACAAAAGGGGUGUAAAGUCAGUCUCACCGAAUAAAAUUGAAUUUGUUUGUAUUUAAAGCUACUUCCGAAUUGUUUCAUGAUCGAAUCUAGAACAAAUUGAGCCAGAAUUCUUUCUGAUUGUUACUGUCACUCUGUACCACCGCGUCUGGUUUCAUUUC